CUUCUUCCUUGCCUUUCUGCCCUGCCUGUCAACAGAGUGACAGUCCUCAGCAGCCAAGUGGAGUGUGAGGCAGAGACAACUCCAUUUGUUGGACUACCGGAAGGAUUUCUGAGCUUCAGGUUGGGUUUUCCCUGCUUAGUGUAUUUGCUAAGAGAAAAAUUUCUUCCUGGCAUGGCUAACGGGAAGGCCUUAAACCAUGAACUUUCUAAACUUUUCAAUGAGAUGUGGGAUAUGGAUGUUAACCGCUUUAUGCCUGGGAAAGACUACACAAUUGAACUGCAGGGAAAAGCAGGUGACAGCGCUACCCAAGACAGUGCCGCCAGACAUCUGUUUCACUCUGUAAAUGAAGAACGCAUGAAGAGCAUAAAAACUUUUGCAACCUUUAUUUCCUUACUGGACAACUAUGAGUCAUCAACUGGUGUAGCAGAAGUAGUGACUCCAGAAGAAAUAGCUGAAAACAAUCGGUUUCUUGACGCUAUCUUAGAAACUGAAGUAAUGAAAGUGACUCAUCAGUAUCUGGUUAAAAAACACCUGGCAGAGCCAAACCUUACUGAUUUCAAAUCUCAGCUCUAUGACAUCUGGUUUCAGCUCUAUGCCAGAAAAGAAGGAAACAGACCUGAUUCCUGUGGUUUUGAACAUGUUUUUGUUGGAGAAACAAGGCGUGGUAAACAGAUCUUAGGUUUGCACAAUUGGGUGCAAUUUUACCUUCAGGAAAAGCGUAAUCAAAUUGACUACAAGGGCUAUGUUGCCCGUAAGAAUAAAAACAGGCCUGACAAAGAUGACCAAGUUCUGAGCCUCCAGUUCACUUGGAAGGGCUCGGUAAAGCCAAUUGGAAGCACCUUUAUUGGUGUCAGCCCUGAGUUUGAAUUCGCCCUUUACACCAUCGUUUUUCUGCUGUCUGAAGAAAACGUCACAGGUGAAACAGUGAAGAUAGAGGAAUAUGAGCUACAGAUAGUUGUUUGUCACCAUGGGCAGCACAUUGGAACAGCCUAUCCAGUACUCCUUGGCACCGAUCGUGAAGACUUGCACCGACAGUGA